AGCCGCAAAUGGGCUGGAUGAGACAAACUUACGAUGAUGAUGCGUUGCGAAUUAAAUGCCAUUCGGAAUGUGAGAUAAAAGAAAUGGAUAUGGUGGUCUCGUAUCCAGAGCAUUUACAUCCAAAAAAGCACCAUAAUUACAGGAUUCAUUUCCGCCAUUGGCGUGGCAAUUAAUAUCCUUGCCCUUGGAUUCUUUUUCUCAUACCUGAGGAGCAGAGCAUCGCCCAGCAUAAGGAAGAGCUUCAAGCUGUGGAAGAGAUGGGAACAUCUAAGGAACGCUGAUUGCGAUUUCAGACAGUCGCUUGGCUAACUUCACAACACAUCCACGGCAAAGAAUGAAGUUAAUAUACCUCCUCUUCGCCAUCUCUUUUGCUUCGGCCCGUACGCUAACUGAAUCAAAGGGUAAAUCAGUGAUCGGUUUCCGCGAUGUCACCCUGGAUCGUGUCGCCAAAAUUGAUUACGAAGAUGACCCAGCUUCUUUCCGUAAACUGACGCUUGCGGAAAUGGCCCGCGAGUUUGCCGCAUUCGAGGACAGCAACGAAAACAAAGAUGAAGAUGAAAAUUCAACAGUCUUGACGACACGUGUGGGCAAGAAGCGGAAAGGUGGGCACGGAAGUCGUUCACAUGAACAUGACCACAAAGACUCUGGGCAACGCGGUCACUCGCACAAACAUAAACAAAAAGGCUCCGGACAUCAUCGCCAUUCGCACGAGCAUAAACACAAACAUUCACAUGAACGUGGACAUCAUCGCCACCAUGGAGCUGGACAUCACCACAACGGAGAACAUUCACACGAGAGAGAAACUGAGUUAAAAUCUGGUACAAGUUCAACAACAGUCGCGAUUACAUCAUCUUCGAUCUCUACACCUACGCCCACGCCCACGCCCGGCACUACAUCUACGUCCACACCCGACACUCCACCUACACCUUCCCCCGACACUCCACCUACACCUUCCCCCGACACUCCACCUACACCUUCCCCCGACACUCCACCUACACCUUCCCCCGACACUCCACCUACACCUUCCCCCGACACUCCACCUACACCUUCCCCCGACACUCCACCUACACCUUCCCCCGACACUCCACCUACACCCGGUACUACACCUAGCACUAAACCAACAACCACGACAGCUGUGGAAAAGAACACUAGCCGGGAACAAGGAGGUAAAAUGAGUACAUAGGUUAUUUGGAAAUAACGUUGCUACAAAAAUGUCCCACAAGUCGCGAGAGAAAACUGAAGCAAAAAGUUAUUUGACUGAUUUUCGCAAUUAAUCUGUACUAUUCAUUUGUUGCCUUUUGCCAUGAUAACGCACACGCAUGCUUACAAACCAAACAUAACAUUUUGAUAAAAAUUGCUUGUCAUCUGUUGCUCUAUGAAAUUAUGGGUUUUUCCAUGUCCUCCCAUUUUUACGGAAGAGAAAACCUUGGCGGAUGGUCAAUAAACCAACAGGUUCACACAA